AUGAGGAAGGAUUAUUGGGUUUUGGACUUUCAUGCUUCUAGUGAUUCAGUCUCCAUCAUUGAAGGGAAACUGGGAAAGUCCCAAGAGGAUGUAAGUUUACCAGGUGUUGUAAAUAUAGCAAGAUAUCCUUUUAACGAUGCUGACAUAUCUGCGUGUUCUCAAUUUGGUGCACCAGUGGCUGAUGUCUUCGUGGUUGUUGAUACCGGUAGUGAUCUUUUCUGUGUCCAAUGCGAGCCUUGCAGUAAUUGCCACGAUUAUAAGGUGUCUAGUUACCGAAUUAACUAUGGUGAUGGGAGUUUUAGCAAUGGCAUUGUUGCCAAGGAUGCCCUAUUUUUCAGUAACCCUGAUGGAAGUGUGGUACCGAAGAAUGUGGUCUUUGGUUGUGGUAUUCACAACCAGGUUUCAGCCCAUGGCCUAUUGGGUGGAAUAUUAGGUCUUGCAGCAACCAAAGUAUCGGUGAUCUCUCAGUUAGGUGGAAGAAAAUUUUCUUAUUGUUUGGGAAACUCAAGUGAUCCAUCUUCUAAAGGUAAUGUGAUCAUUGGUGAGUAUACACAUAUUGCUGGCUUCACUACUCACUUCACAUUUUAUAAGAGUUAUCAAGUCUAUCCUGUUGAGAUUCAAGUGGGAUCACAAAGUCUUGAUCUUCCUCCAUGGGCAUUUGGUGCACCUGCAAAUGUGAUGUUAAACAGUGGCACUGCAUACACAUUUUUACCACAAGUAGUACUUGAUAAGAUAGCAGAUGCUAUAUCUCAGACACUCAAAAGCUUCAAGGUCCAACCAAUUCCACCUCCAAUACCAGGAUUGUCAUGCUACAAUGGAAAUAUUGGCAGAGAUUUGAUUGGAUUUCCUACUAUGACUAUUCGAUUUCGAGGACAGGCAGAGUUUGUUUUAGAGAGAUGGAGUAAUUUCAUCCCCAGAGGAGAGGAUUCAUUUUGCUUAGCUUUCGCCCCUGCUGUUGGUCGCAAUUCUGAAAGCCAGAUUGGUGGCAUGGCUCAACAGUUUUACAAUUUUGGGUUUGAUUUUGAUAUGAUAGAAUUGUCUAUUAUCCAUUCUGUUUGCAUUUACUAA